AAGAGCCCUAGCUUCACUUGAUCUCCAGGCUCCAAAUUCAGCAGGACUUGAGAGCAUCUGAACUUCUGGAUUUUAGGACAAGUGAAGAAGAUUCUUUGGGCUACAAAGAUGAAGAGUCUACUUCUUCUGGUGCUGAUUUCAAUCUGCUGGGCCGAUCAUCAUUCAGACAACUAUACUGUAGAUCAUGACAGAGUUAUUCACAUCCAAGCAGAAAAUGGUCCCCGUCUACUCGUGGAAGCAGAACAAGCCAAGGUGUUCUCACACAGAGGUGGCAAUAUUACACUGCCAUGUAAAUUUUACCGAGACCCUACAGCACUUGGCUCAGGAACCCACAAAAUCCGAAUUAAGUGGACCAAGCUAACUUCAGAUUACCUCAAGGAAGUGGAUGUUUUUGUUUCCAUGGGAUACCACAAGAAAACCUAUGGAGGCUACCAGGGUAGAGUGUUUCUGAAAGGAGGCAGUGAAAAUGAUGCUUCUCUGGUGAUCACAGACCUUACCCUGGAGGAUUAUGGGAGAUACAAGUGUGAGGUGAUUGAAGGAUUAGAAGAUGAUACUGCUGUGGUAGCAUUAGAUUUACAAGGUGUGGUAUUUCCUUAUUUUCCACGACUGGGGCGCUACAAUCUCAAUUUUCACGAGGCACAGCAGGCUUGUCUGGACCAGGAUGCUGCGAUCGCCUCCUUUGACCAGCUGUACGAUGCCUGGAGGGGUGGGCUGGACUGGUGCAAUGCUGGCUGGCUCAGUGAUGGGUCUGUACAGUAUCCCAUCACAAAACCCAGAGAACCCUGCGGAGGCCAGAACACAGGGCCUGGAGUCAGGAACUACGGGUUUUGGGACAAAGAUAAAAGCAGAUACGAUGUCUUCUGUUUUACAUCCAACUUCAAUGGCCGAUUUUACUACCUGAUCCACCCCACCAAGCUGACCUACGACGAAGCGGUGCAGGCUUGUCUCAAUGACGGUGCUCAGAUUGCUAAAGUGGGCCAGAUAUUCGCUGCCUGGAAACUUCUGGGAUAUGACCGUUGCGAUGCAGGCUGGUUGGCGGACGGCAGUGUCCGCUACCCCAUCUCUAGGCCAAGAAGGCGCUGCAGUCCUACUGAGGCUGCGGUGCGCUUCGUGGGUUUCCCAGAUAAAAAGCAUAAGCUGUAUGGUGUCUACUGCUUCAGAGCAUACAACUGAGCGUGCUCCUAGAGCACGUCUGUUUUAAAGUCAUUAAGAACAUGUGAAAGGUUUUUUUUUUUUCAGUAUGAACUCAUGCAAGUUACCAAAACUGUGAUAACCCUUUUUUACUUACUGUAAAGUCAUUUUCAUAAAGACCAAUUCAUUAA